AUGAACGAACACAAUUUAGAGAUAAAUUUAGAUUGUUGUGCAACAUAUAAUAAUCUUGAAGCAUUUUUAGUAUAUUUCGAUCAAACUAAUGAUAUUAACAAAUGCUUUGUUCAUUCACCGAUUUUUGAUAUUCCAUCCCUUUGUGAAUAUUUUCUUUCUCUUGGUACAGAUAUCAAUGAAAAAGGUGAACAUGGAAAAACCGCUCUUCAUAUUGCAGCUAUUAAUAAUUGUAAAGAAGCGGCCGAAUUUCUUCUUUCGCAUGGUGUAAAUAUCAAUGCAAAAGAUGAAAAUGAAGAAACUGUCCUCCAUAUGGCAGCAGAAAAUAAUAGCAAAGAAACUGUCGAACUUCUUAUUUCAUGUGGUGCAAAUAUCAAUGAAAAGGAUAAACAUGGAUUCACAAUCCUUCAUUAUGCUGCAUAUAAAGAUAGUAAAGAUACAGUCGAAUUCCUCCUUUCGCAGGGUGCAAAGAUAUAUGAAUCAGUGAAAAAUGGAUUAACGGCUCUUUCUUUUGCAGCAAUUAGAAAUUGUGUUGAAACAAUUGGGCUUCAUCUUUCACACGGAGUAACUAUCAAUGAAAAAGACGCAAACAGAAAAACUCCUCUUCAUUAUGCCGCAGAAUAUAAUCACAAAGAAACAGUCGAAUCUCUUAUUUCAAAUGGUGCAAAUGUCAAUGAAAAAGAUAAAAAUGGACAAACCGCACUUCAUAUUGCAACAUAUAAUAAUCGUAAAGAAAUCGCCGAAUUUCUUAUUUUACAUGGUACAAAUAUCAAUGAAAAAGAUGAAAAGGGAAGAACUCCUCUUCAUUAUUCUGUAUUCAAGCAUAACCAAGAAACAACCGAACUUCUUAUUUCAAAUGGUGCAAAUGUCAAUGAAAAAGAUAAAAACAGAAUAACAGCUCUUGAUAUCGCAUUAUACUAUAACCUGGGAAAUAUGGAAGAUUUUCUUCUUUCACAUGGUGCUAAAUUAUAUUGA